AUGAUUAAAAUUUGUCUCAAGGAGUGGCAUCAACAACAUACCAAGAACAUUGAAGGCAAGAUUUUGGAGGUAAACAAUAGAAUUUCCUCCCUAGACACUAAAGGGGAGGAGUUCGAUUUGCUUGAGGCUGAAACAAAGGAGAUUCGCGAGUUGUCAAUUGAAUUGCAUUCUUUGUCUCAUGUGCAUACUAUUAUGAAUUGGCAGAAGGCAGGGAUGAAUUGGGUAAAGGAAGGAGAUGCGAAUUCUAAAUUUUUCCAUAAUAUGAUGUCAAACAGGCAACGUCGGAAUCCUUUACAUUUACUUCAUGUUGAUGGUGUCAUUGUGGAAGGGGUUCAGAAUAUUCGGAUAGCUGUCUUCAAUCAUUUUGCAAGUCAUUAUAGUUCCUCUGAUGUGGUGCGACCUGGAAUCCAAGGAUUGAAUUUUCGAAAAUUGACUUAUGCACAGGCGGGUAAUUUGGUGCGUCCAUUUUCUUUGGAAGAGGUUAAACAUGCAAUUUGGGAUUGUGAGAGUUUGAAAAGUCCCGUACCUGAUGGCAUAAAUGUUGGGUUCAUCAAGGAUUAUUGGCAUGAACUAAAAGACGAUCUCAUGAGGUUUUUAGUGGAAUUCCACCGAAAUGGGAAAUUGACGAAGGGUGUGAAUUCGACUUUUAUUGCUUUUAUUGCCAUUCUUAUUUUUAUUGCCGGCCAAAGUUUUCGACGUCUUGAUGAAGGCCUUGGUGGAAAAUGA